AUGCUAGUAGGCAAUUGUGGUGGAGUAUUGAGUCCACUAGGUGACCCACCUUUGUACAUGGGCUACACCUAUGGCGUUCGAUUUCUGUUCACAUUCCAGUAUCUCUAUAAAAUCUUUUUUGUUGUCAAUGGUUAUGUACUUCUCGUAUUUACAGUUAUUGAUCUGGCCAAUGCAUGGGUAUAUCGGCGGGAAAAACAACGGGAUCUGUACCCAAUGCCUGCAACUGAAUUGCGAGGUCAAACUUAUACAGUGACUCCACUUGAUGAUACACAAACGGUGAGACGGCGUCAAAGUGUUGAUCCUCGCUAUGAUCUCUCUUCUGCGACUACUGUGCGUCUUUCAUGGCGUGGUAUUCACAACAGUUUGUUUCUCAUGCUCACCAUUGUUGCUAUCCUGCUUAAAGGGCUCAACAUUCCUCGACCAUGGCCUCAAUACGUUCAAGAAGGCAUUCUUUUCGGGAUAGCCUUGGCGUGUCUCGUUAUUGAUAUAAUAUGCAAUGGUCUAACACCAACACAAUGCGACAAAAAACAUUAUUCAACACGUAUUGAACCUGUGGCAGAAGUAAUUGUCAUCUUUGUCGGCUUAUUCUUUACCAUGUCAGCACCUAUUGCACUCUUAUCCAAUCUGAAUGUUGUUCUCGGACCAAAACGUCUCUUUUUACUUUCGGGUGUCUUCGCUGCUAUUCUCGACAAUGCUCCAGUAUAUAUUAGCUUUGCGGCAAGUGCAGCGGGUCGAUUCAAUAUCACUAUCGAUGAAUCGGUAAGCAGUGUUGAUGGCUCCACCAGUGGUUUUCUGUCGACGUUCUUUAUUACAUACCAAACGGAUGCUGUAGCAACAAUGCGUGCCAUAUCAGCUGGAUCGGUCUUGAUGGGUGCAUGUACUCUGCUUGGUAAUGCGCCCAAUAUGAUUGUAGCAUUGAUGGCUACACGAUACACCUAUCGCGUACGGACAAGACAAGUAACACGAGUGCAUAGCGAUGGUCAAGAAGAAUAUGUUGUGCAUCAUAUCCAGAAAGUUGGUUUCGUUCGAAUGCUAUUGAUAGCUUGCGCAACGCUUACUCCUAUCUUUAUUGUCGUAGCUAUGCUCAUGAUCUGA